GCCCUAAAACUUUCUAAUGUAACCUGUAACCUGCCCUGCCCUGCCCUGCUAAUUUUAAAAUAGAGGAAUAUCCAAAAUUUCCUAUCAGUAUUUAUAGUACAUUUAAUUGUGUGUACUUCAAGUUUGAAUUGGAUAAAAAUAACGCUUAAUUUCUUCAAGAUUACGAAUAGAAAAAUAUCGAAUAAACAAAACUAGCUGCAAUCUAUCAUAGCCGAUCAUUUCUUAUAUUAUGAGUGCUUUAGUCUCGGUAAAUUCAUCUUUCUUCAUGCCUAAUUUUUUUAAAAGAUACCGGAAAUGUCGGUUGUUCAAAAUUAAUCUCAGGUUAACAGGUUACGAUAUGGACAACCUAUAACCUGCCCAGUAAAAAUUUCAUAACCUGGCCCUGCCCUGCCCUGCUAUUUUCGCAGCCUGCCCUGUCCUGUCGUGUCAGGGCAGGGCAGGGCAGGGCAGGUUACUUGCAUCCUGCAGAGCUCUAUCCCCCACACCGACACUCGCAUCUCUCGCGCGAGAUGCGGCAUCUCCCGCAGGAGAUGUGGUGGCAUCUCCAAAAUCUUGGAUAUGUGACACUGCUGACAAUUUGUUUCGUUUGAAAAAUGUUUGGCAAUCAAGAAUGUCUAUUUAAUAUUUAUUACAUUGAAAAUUUAAUUCGGUCUUGAACUUAUAAGCAUCAUAUAAAAAAUACUGAUGUAUAGUUUCUAUCAUCAUCUUUCAUGAAUAGAUCAUCAAAAUAAAAUAAGUUAAGAUAUCUUAUAAAAUGUCACCUGUCUUUUUGAAAUAAAAAAAAUAAUUUACUUUUUUUUUUCUAGGUGGAGGUCUAUUUGGAUUUAUUACAAAACCAAAAACAUCAUCACAAAGAGCUUUAAUGAUUCUUAUUGGUUUUAUUUUACAAAUAAUUUAUUAUUAUUCUGUAUUUGUUAAUUUUCCAUCAGAUGCAACAUCUCGUGAAACAAUUGCAAAACCAUAUUUUGAUUUUAGUUCUAAAACAAGUCAAAUUAUUGCAUUUAUAAGUUCAUUUAUUGUUGGUCUUGGUGAUAGUAGUUUAAAUACUCAAUUAAUGAAUGUAUUAGUUACACGAUAUAAACAAUGUACGGCUUCAGCUUUUGCAAUAUUUAAACUUGUUCAGUCUUUAAUGGCUGCUGUUGCAUUUUUUUAUGCUGGCUCAAUUUCAAUUGAAUGGCAAUUAUUGGUAGUUGUUAUAUUUUUAUUUUUUGGUACAUUGGCUUUCUUUUCAGUUUUAUUUGAUGAAACAGGAGGUGAAUUCAUAGCAACAUCAGUAACUGUUACUCUACAAGAUAAUGAAAAUGAUAGUUAUCAAAAUUAUUCAUCAUCCAUUGCAUAA